AUGGAAUCUUACGACGCACAAUUUAUUCAAUUUAAUGAACUCACCGCCGAAUUUCACAAAUUCCUCGAUACUGAAGAGAAUCUUAUAUUACACACAAAAUCUCUCAUAGAUAUUUUAGAAUAUUGCUGCGAUAAUUACAAUAGUUUCCUUGCAAACACAUCGCAAGUGAUGUUCCAGAGCUUGACUAAAUCAGUAUUAGUGUUUUCAGAAAAUUCUUCUAAUACAGAGAUCUUCAAUUCUCAAUAUCAGCGCUUGUUAGAUAUUUAUGCCGAAAUAUCAGCUCAAAUCAUUCUCAUGAUCAAAAGGAUACAUAAGACACUGGUUCCUCAAAUCAAAGAUGCCGUACGAGAAGAACUUGACGUUUUUGAAGAUUGUAAAGAAAGAGUAAGUGAAAUUGAGAAGAACUAUCUGAACAGAAAGACAUCUAUUAACAAUAACGUCUCAAUGCUAAAAGGAAUCGCCAAAGAUAUUGCUUCUGCCAAGAAGAAAAAUGAUGUUUUCAAAUUAACUCCUCUUGUUAAGAGUUAUGUUCAAAUAUACAAGUCCACUAAGGUUAUUUCUCGUAAUCUGAACCUGUUCAUCCUCAAAUACAACAAAGAAGUCCAAAAAGCAACGGAAGCUUUCAAAAAUUUGGACACAAAGAGGUCGCAGAUCAUUCUAAACUUCAUAUUAGACAUAUCUACAGAAUACGAAGACUCUUUCAAGAACUAUACGAGCGUUUACAAGGCAAUUACUGAAAAAUACUCAAAACCACAGAAUGUUUUAACCGGAGAAGACUAUGUAAAGUGGUUCAUCCAUGAAAAGAACUUAUUCCGGACCAUGCUUAGCGAUGCCGUAUACAAAUCUACCGGAUUCCAGUUUGAAGAAGACCCGGACAUUCUGAUCAGGUCAUCUCACAUUGAAGCCGCACCAACAGACUACCCGAUAUACGUAGCCAAGGCCAAAUAUAAGUUUGACAGCAAAGGACAAACAGAAUUAUCGUUUUUACCAGGAGAUACGCUUUAUUUAUACGAAAAACCAUCUCAGAUGUGGAUUCUUGCAUCUAAGAAUGGUCAGUAUCCUCAGGGAUACAUUCCUUCUUCGGCCAUUACAAUACUUGAAAAGAAAUUCUGUUAUUCGCUUGUUUCUAAGGCAUAUGACAACGACUACCUCGGAAUAGCUCCUGGAAUGUGUCUAGUAAUUGAAAAUAAUUUAGGUGAUACUUAUAUUUGCACAAAUCCUCAAGGGAAACAAGGAAAAGUCAAGAAAUCAGAUGUUGUUAUUUGCUAA